CAGCAGCCGCAGCAGCCGCCGCCGCCGCCGCCGCCGCCGCCAUGGCCGACCUGGACCUGACCGGAGCCAAGCAGAACACGGGAGUGUGGCUGGUGAAGGUUCCAAAAUACUUAUCCCAGCAAUGGGCUAAAGCCUCAGGAAAGGGGGAAGUGGGAAAACUGCGAAUUGCCAAGAGUCAAGGAAAGACUGAGGUAUCAUUUACCUUGAAUGAAGAACUUGCAAGCAUUCAUGAUAUCGGAGGGAAGCCUGCUUCAGUCAGAGCCCCGAGAGAACACCCAUUUCUCUUGCAGAGCGUGGGAGGACAGACGUUAACCGUAUUUACGGAGACCCCGGCAGAUAAGCUUGCUUUGGAAGGAAUAGUGGUGCAGCGAGCUGAAUGUAGACCUGCUGCCAGCGAAAACUAUAUGAAACUGAAGAGAUUACAAAUAGAAGAAUCUUCCAAACCAGUGAGACUCUCCCAGCAACUGGAUAAAGCAGUGACGACCAAUUAUAAACCUGUGGCUAACCAUCAGUAUAAUAUAGAGUAUGAGAAGAAAAAGAAAGAAGACGGCAAGAGAGCCCGGGCAGAUAAACAGCAAGUUUUGGACAUGCUUUUCUCAGCUUUUGAGAAACAUCAGUAUUACAACAUCAAGGAUUUGGUGGACAUUACCAAACAACCGGUGGUGUACCUCAAGGAGAUCUUACGAGAGAUCGGCAUUCACAACGUCAAAGGGACCCACAAAAACACGUGGGAGCUGAAGCCAGAGUACCGGCACUAUCAAGGAGAGGACGAGUGAGCGAGCAAGCAGCCCCACGAUCUCCUUCCGAGAAGCGCCUCUCGGCCGUGCCCACAGCCAAGGCACGGCACAGUAAGAGAAAAGGAGGCAGAUGACUGAUACUUUGUCAUUUCUCCUGUGUUAUUGGGGUUCUUUGUCAUGGCUAUUAAGAAUUUCUUGGAAAUUUUAAAGGUUUUUGUGAGGGUAGAAUAAAUAUUCGUAGACUGAA